AUGUUUGCUUUACAUUCAACUCGAUUUUGGCGGAACGCCUGCCAUCAGCAGGAAAUUGGUCAAGCAAUUGGCCAAGCAAGACAUGCAUCAUCCAAACGCUGGCAAGCCCGGCAGCAAAAGGAUCAGUUCACCAGAGAGGCAGCUGUCCAAGGGCUGAAAAGCCGUGCUGCUUUCAAAUUGCUGCAGAUUGAUGAGAAAUAUCGAAUCUUCAAGGGUGGGCAGACAGUUGUUGACUUGGGUUAUGCUCCGGGAUCGUGGUCACAGGUUGCUGCAAGCCGCACCCAACCGCAUGGCCGAGUCCUCGGUGUCGAUAUCAUCCCAGCCCAACCACCGAAAGGAGUAUCUACGAUUCAAGGCAACUUCCUCUCACCCGAAAUUCAAACAUAUAUCCGAGACUUUCUCCGCAGUCCAGACAGAGGCAGGCCGCGCCAACCCAGCUUCCUGGACGAUUCCAGUAUCAGCCCAUUGGAGCCGAAUGCAGAUACGGAACGCACUACCGAGGCCGAGAAGACGGAUAAGAUGGGCGAGAAAAUACUUGAAAGAACGGUAGAUGUGGUUCUUAGCGAUAUGUCCGCGCCCUGGCAUCAGACCUCCGGUUUCUGGAAACGAAGUCUAAGUGCUCCUUAUAAUAGGAUGAUGAACACCAGCGGCGUCAGUUUCAGAGAUCAUGCUGGAAGUAUGGAUCUCUGCCACGCGGCUUUGCGCUUCAGUUCGGAUGUUUUGAAGGCAGGAGGUCAUUUCGUCUGCAAAUUCUACCAAGGCGCCGAAGACAAAGAACUGGAGCAGCAGCUGAAGGAAUUAUUCAAAAAAGUUCACCGCCUUAAACCCGAAUCAUCUCGCAGUGAAUCCAAGGAGGCCUUUUUCGUUGGCCUGGAGCGAAAAGCGUGA